UAUUACUUGUCUUCAUAUAUGUUAUAUAUAUGUCUAAUUCAUUUCAUGUUAAUAAUUUUUCUCUUUCCUAUAUGUUUGCUAAAACCUACAUGAACUGGUUUUUUCACCAAUUGAAUCAUAUCACUUGCCCAACUGGUUGAACGGUAUUAACCGGUUUAGCAACGUUGGUCCAUUGUGAUUGCCUGAUUGGAAAAAGAAGAAGAAAAGGGGAAUUUGGAAAAAGACUGCGGAGUACUGUGAUUACCUCUUUUCCCCUUCUUCUACAGCUAGGUUAGGUUUUCUGGAUUUCGACCCUACUGGACUUAUCCUCCCUCCUCCGUCCACACUUGCGAAUUCCUGCUGCUGCUGCUGAUGCUGCUGCUUUGGCCUCCCGCGUCGGCCAUGUGAUUGUACUGCCCUAUCUCUGAGCAAUUCCCAGGUAAAGCUUCCUCCUCCCGUUCAGCCUUUCCCCUUUCCAAGAUUCUGCAGCUGUGGAUUGAUGAUGCCAUCAAGAAUUGAUUUUGAUUCAAAUCCCUUUUCCCUUUGCUUCUUAGUUUUGGGGGAGACUUCACUGCGGGUGUUUUCGAUAAUGUCACUGCUGGGCAGUGCCUGAAUGGUUUUCGUGUUACUUUAGGGGCUAGGAAUUAGUAUCAUUAGGCGCAAUGAGUGGACAUGGUCGGCGUAAAGAAGAUUAUGGGGUGUGUAGUGAGAGCUCCCUGGGAAGCGAUGGAGAGGAAACCUCUGCACGAACAAGACCGUUCAGCUUUGAUGAGAUAAUGAACAGAAGAAAUUUGAAAAAACUGGCCGAGACAGAUGAAAGCGCAGAAGCUGUGGCACUUGUUUCUGGGGAUCAAUUGGAAAGGGUUAAUGGGCAUGGCAAGGCUUCAUCGUCUGCUGUACCAGAGAGCUCAGUGGCUGAACGUGUGAAGUCAAGCUCUUCGCCGAAAGAAUUGAAGACUUUGGUUAAAGAUGAGUGUCGAGUUGAAAGAAGGGAUAGAGAAAUCCAACCUGCAAGUGUCGGACGUAAGUUGAUGUCCCAGAUUAACAAAGAUGUGGUGAUGCCUGAAACCAGAAGCCAGGAUGACAGAAAAACCCAUAGCGGGAGAAAAGAUGAUGACCAGCGGCUGAGAGAUUCGGUACAGGACAGAUAUGUUGAUGGAAGGAGAGGACAAUAUCGAAGGGCGGAUGAUGCUGGCAGGAGGCAUCCUCAGAAGCGCUCUUUUGAUAUUUCUGGGAAUGAACCUGCUAAGAAGCAUUCCGGGAACUUGGUGGAAAUGAAGAGGCAUGGGGAUGUGAGUAGGGGUAGAGCUGAGAAGGCAUCAGAUAUAACUCUUAGAAGCAGAGAACACGAUCGGAGGUCUGGAAAUGUUACGGAAAGUGAAGUGCGAAAGCAUCAUUCAAGAGAUUAUAUGCAGAGGGACAAACAUACAGAUGACAACAGGCGAAAGCUUGAAAACAGAAAAGCGCAAAAUGAGACGCAAGAACUUGUAAAGAAAUAUGACUCUGUAAAAGAUUCUUCUGAGAGAGAUGGUAGGAAGGAAUUGUCAAAAUCUCAUUACAGAGAGUCGGGUUUUAAGCGAAGACGGUCUAGGAGUAGAGAACAUGAGGAAACAAAUCAGAGUUCUGCUUCUAUCUCAUUACGAAAGGAGAAGCGUGAUUCUUACCAUACAAGGGACCGUGAUGGUCUGUCCUCUCAUUCUAAGGGCAGGUCUGAGAGACUGCAUCUUAAUGAUGAAGAGAGAAAUAUUGUUAAUGGCAAACACAACGCUGCUAGUGGGCUUGGUGGCUAUUCCCCAAGGAAAAGGAAAAGUGAGGCAGCUGUUAGAACUCCUUCCCCAACCAAGCGCUCUCCUGAAAAGAAAAGUGCUAGGUGGGAUCUUGCACCAAAAGUAAACAGUAAAACGUCAUCUGCCUCUCUUCCUACUAACAAUUUGCUAUCUAGUCAGCAAUUAUCUUCGAUUAUGCGUGAACUAGUCAAUACUGUUCCUAGUUCGUUAGAUGCAGGAAAGGCCAUCUCUGGGGCAUCACCUAGCACUCUAUUAACAAACAAGAAUACUACCAUUGACUCUAUUCAACUAACACAAUCUACUCGUCCUAUACGGAGACUUUAUGUGGAAAAUGUACCAGCCUCUGCCUCAGAGAAAGCUAUUAUGGACUUUCUUAGCAACUGUUUGAUUUCUUAUGGUGUUAAUCAUGUUCCCGGAACGCAACCAUGUAUCAGCUGCAUUAUCAAUAAAGAAAAAGGUCAAGCACUUGUUGAAUUUCUGACAGCCGAGGAUGCUUCAGCAGCUCUUUCUUUCAAUGGUAGCUAUUUCUCUGGGUCUUCAAUCAAAAUCAGACGUCCCAAGGACUAUGUUGAAGUGGCUACUGUUGAAGCAAAAAAGUCGGUUGCCGUGGUUCAGGCAAUAACUGAUAUUGUUAAGGAUUCUCCCCACAAGAUCUUCGUUGGUGGAAUUUCAAGUGUCCUUUCCUCCAAAAUGCUUAUGGAGAUUGCUAGCGCCUUCGGACCUUUGAAGGGAUUCCAGCUUCUCAACAAUAAGGAACGUGAUGGCCCACAUGCUUUCCUUGAGUAUGCAGACGAGACAGUCACUCUUAAAGCUUGUGCUGGUUUGAAUGGUAUGAAAAUAGGAGGGCAAGUAUUAACUGCGGUUCAAGCUGUGCAAGAUCCUUCAGUCAUGGUAAGCAAUGGGAGUCCACCAUUCCAUGGGAUCCCUGAACAUGCAAAGUCACUUCUUGAGAAGCCUACAGAAGUUCUGAAACUUCUGAAUGUGCUCCAACCAGAGGUCCUUCCCUCGAUGUCCAGUGCAGAAAUUGAGGAAGUAUUAGAAGAUGUACGACUUGAGUGCGCCAGGUUUGGUGCUGUGAAGUCGAUUAAUGUUGUCAAGCGUACUGCAAUUCAUUCCACCACCUUAGAAAAAUCUUCUGCGCAUGACAACAAGGUGUCAGCUGGUGGUGGUCAGCAGGACAUGAACGGUGAAAAAAUCCCAAUAACUGAAACAGAACAACCAACUGGUUCAGUUGCUGCUGAAAGUCACAUGAAGGAUACACCGUUGAGAGAUGAACCAAUGGGCGAAGAGUUGUUUAGCAGGAAUGAAAGCAGAGGGAUUCCAGAAACAAACAAGGAGAAGGCUUCUUCAGCAGCUUCUUGCAAUGACACAACUUCCCCUACAGCUUCAGAUUCUGGUGCCCAGGAGGGUGGCGACCAAACUGCAGCAGAGAAAGAUAUUGAAACUGGAGGCAGUUUCGAGGCUGGUUGCGUGUUGGUGGAGUUUAGAAGGACAGAAGCCUCUUGCAUUGCAGCACACUGCUUGCAUGGCAGAUCAUUCGAUGAUCGCACCGUCACAGCAGAAUAUGUACCUCUUGAUCUUUACAAGGCGAGGUUCCAGAAUCAAUAGGGAUGCUGUUAGAUACCUCCCUGAGCGCCAUUGGGCUGGCAUUCUGAGCUGCUUCUGUUAUAGAGAGAUUGAUGUUAGAGAUAGGCACCAGGGACCCUUUUACCCCAUAGAGAAUGGGAUCAUUACUUCAUUAGAGAGGAAAGAUGGAAUGUUUUUGGCUGUGCGUGAUCCAUUGUAGUUUUGGUCUUUCUGGAAUCUGGAUGUCCAAAACAAGCCAACAUCCACUGCCUAAUUUUGUUAUGAAAAUACUUAUCACUAACUUCUGAUUCUGGAAAAAUUUAUGAGGAAAUGUUCUACUUCGUGCUUGCUGUUGUUGAUUCCCUUGGUGGGUUAAAAUAGGGGUCGAGGGAGCAUUGUGGAAUCUUAUUGGAAGAUUAUAUCUGAAAAGUCAAUGUUUGUGUAUUAUUAUGUAUGGAAAUCGUUAUUUUACUAGGUUUCAACGGUUUUAUAAUUCUAAAUCGUCUAUUUGUUUUCGGUUGAAUUAUUGGUACAGUACGGUUUCACAAAUACUGAAUUCGAUAACACAAAUGGCCAAAAUGGUUAUUAAUAUUUGAUUUUAGCGAACAAGAGUAUGAUUUAGUGGUAGUAGUCUAGUAGCACUAAUCUUGAAUUUUGAGGUGUUGGGAACAAAUUCCUCAAAUAACAACAAAUAUGUAUGUAUAUAUACCCUUAUCUAUAAAAAAAACAAAUAUGUAUGUAUGUAUGUAUAAUCCUUAUAAAAAAAUAGCAAAUUGAUGGUUAUGUUUUCUUUUUUCUUUAUAAUAAGGGUGAUAAAUGAUU